AUGGGAUGUGGGGCUAGACGGCCGGUUGGUGCCGCCGAGCUAGCUGGCCCGCACGGGGAAGGGGGGAGACAUGACCCCACUGGUCUGAUCUGGGCUAGGCGAGCCGACCGGAUCCAUCCAGCACAGCGGCGGAGGAAGAGGAAACCAGGCUCGAUGGGCCCCCUGAUGGGAACCGCCCCGCUCAGGGUCGGGGGCUGGCAGAGGGCCGGCUGUCCGGGCGGGCGGGGUGUGUCCCGCUGCGGAGUCAGGGUUUGGGAGCGGGAGGGGACGGCACAGAAGGGCCCAGCGCUGGGCACUGCACAGGCCCGAGGGGGCGGGCUGAGGGCUCAGCGGGGCAGGGCCCACGUGCGGAACAGCGAUGAGGGAGCAGGGGGAGGGAAUCUCCAAUGGGGCCGCUGCGCAGACGGCCCCAUCUCACAGGACGGCGGGGGGGGCGGCGCCGCACGGACGGCCCCAUCUCACAGGACGGCGGGGGGGGGGCGGCGCCGCGCGGACGGCCCCAUCUCACAGGACGGCGGGGGGGGGCGGCGCCGCGCAGACGGCCCCAUCUCACAGGACGGCGGGGGGGGGGGCGGCGCACGGACGGCCCCAUCUCACAGGACGGCGGGGGGGGGGGGCGGCGCCGCACGGACGGCCCCAUCUCACCGGACGGCGGGGGGGGGCGGCGCCGCACGGACGGCCCCAUCUCACAGGACGGCGGCGCCGCACGGACGGCCCCAUCUCACAGGACGGCGGGGGGGGGCGGCGCCGCGCGGACGGCCCCAUCUCACAGGACGGCGGGGGGGGCGGCGCCGCACGGACGGCCCCAUCUCACAGGACGGCGGGGGGGGGGGGCGGCGCCGCACGGACGGCCCCAUCUCACAGGGCGGCGCCGCACGGACGGCCCCAUCUCACAGGACGGCGGGGGGGGGGCGGCGCCGCACGGACGGCCCCAUCUCACAGGACGGCGGGGGGGGGGGGCGGCGCCGCACGGACGGCCCCAUCUCACAGGACGGCGGGGGGGGGCGGCGCCGCGCAGACGGCCCCAUCUCACAGGACGGCGGGGGGGGGGGGCGGCGCACGGACGGCCCCAUCUCACAGGACGGCGGGGGGGGGCGGCGCCGCACGGACGGCCCCAUCUCACAGGACGGCGGGGGGGGGGGGCGGCGCCGCACGGACGGCCCCAUCUCACAGGACGGCGGCGCCGCACGGACGGCCCCAUCUCACAGGACGGCGGGGGGGGGCGGCGCCGCGCGGACGGCCCCAUCUCACAGGACGGCGGGGGGGGGCGGCGCCGCACGGACGGCCCCAUCUCACAGGACGGCGGGGGGGGGGCGGCGCCGCACGGACGGCCCCAUCUCACAGGACGGGGGGGGCGGCGCCGCGCAGACGGCCCCAUCUGACAGGGCGGCGGGGGGGGCGGCGCCGCGCGGACGGCCCCAUCUGACAGGGCGGCGGGGGAGGAGGCGGCGCCGCGCGGACGGCCCCAUCUCACAGGACGGCGGGGGGGGGCGGCGCCGCGCAGACGGCCCCAUCUCACAGGACGGCGGGGGGGGCGGCGCCGCACGGACUCACUGCAGGCCACGGGGUGGGGGAUAA